AUGGUCUUUCCAGUAUUCUAUAACGACCCGUUCUUGAAGUACCGUCCGUUCCCAGCCGAGGAGACUGGGAACAACUUCAUCGAUCAUUGGCAUGAAAUUGCCGCCACGUUCUUGUUUUACACCGCCAUUCAGUAUGGUUCACAACCGUUCUCCAGAUAUUACUUUGGCGACACGUACAAGUCAUUGAAGCCCAAGACCAAGAUCAAUUUCGACAUCCAUGUGGUUUCCAUGGUCCAGUGUUUCAUUUCCAUCCUGCUCUUGCUCCCCAUGUGGAACAGUUCCCUCUGGUCCGAAAGUGCCUCGUCCUCAGUCCAUGGCCUGUCCCCAUACGGGAGCUUAGUGGCAGCCGUCACAUGUGGCUACUUUGCUUGGGAUGUUUAUGUGUGCCUUAGAUACUACUCGUUGUUUGGGUUUGGGUUCUUGUUCCACGGAGUUGCGGCUUUGUACGUGUUUUGCUUGUGCUUGAUUCCGUUCUGCCAGCCAUGGAUUCCUGCGUUCCUUCUCUUCGAGCUCAGCACUCCCUUUGUCAACAUCAACUGGUUCUCCACCCGUUUGCCAGCAGGCACGUUUAGCGACAGAACAAUUUUGAUCAACGGGGUGUUGCUUCUCAUCACCUUUUUCUCGGUCAGAUUGGUGUGGGGUAUCUAUGCUGUGAUCCAGGUUGCCCUUGACUUCUACCGCAUCUGGGGCCAUGUAUCUCCAUUCCUUGUUAUCAGCAUCUUAAGCAUUAAUGUGUCGUUGGACAUCCUCAAUGUGUUUUGGUUCUACAAGAUGCUCAUGAUUGCAAAGAAGAAGAUCACCGGUAAGAGCAAGAAGUUGUAG